AUGCCGAACCGUUUGGGAAUUGCCUCGAUGUCGCUGGGUCGACCGGGCAUUCACAGUCUUUCCGGCAAGCUGCACCAGGCUGCUCUGCACGGCUACGAGGGCAUUGAGCUGUUCUUCGACGAUCUCGACCACUUUGCCAAAACGCUGUUCCAGGGCGACCACACGGCGGCCGCCAAGCAGGUGCGCCGGCUGUGCGACUCGCUGGGGCUGACCAUCAUCUGCCUGCAGCCCUUCUGCUUCUACGAGGGGCUGCUGGACCGCGAGGAGUCGGAGCGCAUGGUGACCGAGAAGCUGCCGCGGUGGUUCGAGCUGGCGCGCAUCCUCGACACGGACCUGAUCCAGAUCCCGUCCAACUUCCUCCUGGCGGACCCGGCGACAGGCAAGCUGCGCACGACGGGCGACCGCAGCGUGAUCGUGGCCGACCUGCAGCGGGUCGCCGAUCUGGGCUUGCAGCAGUCGCCGCCCUUCCGGUUCGUCUACGAGGCCCUGUGCUGGGGCAACCACGUCGACACGUGGGACGCCUCGUGGGAGGUGGUGCAGCAGGUGGACCGGCCCAACUUCGGGCUGUGUCUGGACACCUUCAACCUGGCCGGGCGUGUGUACGCGGACCCGGCGCACCCCAGCGGCAAGACGCCCAACGCCGAGGCCGACCUGGCCGCCUCGCUGGCCAAGCUGCGCGCCUGCGUCGACGUCAAAAAGGUCUUCUACAUCCAGAUCGUCGACGGCGAGCGCCUGACCGCCCCCCUCGACGAGUCCCACCCCUUCCACGUCCCCGGCCAGCCCACCCGCAUGAACUGGUCGCGCAACGCCCGCCUGUUCGCCUUCGAGGAGGACCGCGGCGGCUAUCUGCCCGUCCAGGAGGUUGCCCAGGCCUUCUUCGAUACCGGCUUCGAGGGCUGGGUUUCUUUGGAGCUCUUCUCCCGCACCCUCGCCGACCCUCACCCCGAUACCCCCAAGCAGCACGCGCUGCGCGGUCUCGAGUCGUGGAAGAAGCUCGUCACCCGGUUGAAUUUG